AUGGCAACCAAAUCAUUUUAUCAGCUAAGUGAACGUCUUCCAUGGAAUUUCAUGUCCAAAGAUCGUAAACUGAGACUGUCGCGGAAAAAUUCAUCUUUGCAGACGAAUCGAUCUACAUGUGAUCAUGUUCUGAUGAAAGAUGCGAAUUAUAGUCCCGAUACGACGCUUGAAACUAGAGUUGAGUCGAGACCAUUGAGAGUAGAAUUCGUGGCGUGCGAGCCUCUACUUCAUUCGAUGGGUCUACUCGGAGUUGCUUUCAUUGUUGCCUUGGUAACGUGGGUCGUUUCCUUCCUUGCUAAGAAGCUGCGUGGAAUCCUCGAUAAAAUUUCGGUCCUUCAAGGUCCAGCAAUACUACCUUUCACGGGAAAUCUGCACCAGCUUUGCUUCAAACCCGAUGAAUUCUUCGAGCAAGUGCAAGGAGUUGCGUACAUGCUGGGGAAAGACGGCAGUCGAAUGGCACGAAUCUGGUUCAGCGGUUGGCCUUGUGUUCUCAUCUAUGGUGCGGACGAAUGCGAGUCAGUUUUGGGAAGUAAUCGAACGCUGACGAAACCAUUUCAAUACGGUUUCUUGAGUGGUUGGAUAGGACAGGGACUGCUGAUAAGGAUUCCUUUCAGCGAACCAAAAAAAUGGCGAUCGAGGAGAAAACUUUUGACACCAACGUUUCAUUAUGAUAUUCUAAAAGAUUUUGUUGGGGUAAGUUAG